AUGGUAUGCGAGACGGAACUCGCCGAGUGGCCAAGAGGCGGACCCGAUGCCGGCGCGGCGAGAUAUGAGUUGGGACAGGUGUCGCGGCGACCUUCAGUGUGCAGAUACAAUCGGCGGGUCAGGAACCCACCGCGCUCCCCUGCGCGCGGCGUCGGGACAUUCCGCGCGCAGAGGGCCCGGGGAAUCUUUACAAGUUCGCGGACACUCGGGGCGGUCGUCCGUGUGAUGCGCUUAGCGCGUACGACACCGCUCAAUUGGUGUUUAUGCUACAUGCAGACAAUGGGAAAUAGAACCCAGACAUAUCGUGCACGUAUUAGCGUCUCGGGCGCCGAGCGAAACGGACGCGGCGGGGGCGCGGACUCUCUCACGCGACGCCCGGAGGUCGAUACAAUGACGGGGGCGGGAGGUGCAUUGUACAAACGGCAGCUAAUGCGGCGCGGCGCGGCGGAGGCGGCCGGUGUCGGAUGGCGCGCAAGCCGCGUCGCCGGGUCAACGGUCCGGACGGUGCGCGCGGCUAGGCGGCGACGACAUCUGCGAGGCAAGAGGGUACUCUUCCGUGCGCGCACCUGGCAGACGCGGCGCGCGUGGGGCCCGCGA